AAGCAGUAUCCGGGGGGGCCGGGUUUACGCAAACAUGGCGUCUCUCGGGCCCAAUUAGACCGCAACUUGUUUCCCCCUCUAGUUCCACGCAGGUCAUUGCAUUUGCCGGGCGGGAUUUCCGCAUUACCGAGUAAUAUGGCGAAGACGUACGACUAUUUGUUUAAACUGCUGUUAAUCGGGGACUCGGGAGUCGGGAAGACGUGUGUUUUGUUCAGAUUUUCAGAGGAUGCCUUUAACUCAACAUUUAUCUCCACUAUAGGUAUUGACUUUAAAAUUAGAACAAUAGAACUAGAUGGGAAGAAGAUUAAAUUACAGAUAUGGGAUACCGCUGGCCAGGAACGGUUCCGGACGAUAACGACGGCGUACUACAGAGGAGCCAUGGGCAUCAUGCUAGUAUAUGAUAUUACCAAUGAAAAGUCUUUUGACAACAUCAAGAACUGGAUAAGGAACAUUGAGGAGCAUGCAUCAGCAGAUGUGGAGAAGAUGGUCUUGGGCAACAAGUGUGAUGUUAAUGACAAGAGGCAAGUGUCCAGAGAACGAGGGGAGAAGCUGGCUUUGGAGUACGGCAUCAAGUUCAUGGAGACCAGUGCGAAGGCCAACAUCAACGUGGAGAAUGCAUUUAUGACGCUUGCCAGGGACAUCAAGGUAAAGAUGGACAAGAAAUUGGAGGGCAACACUCCACAAGGCAGUACCCAGGCCAUGAAGAUCUCAGAGCAGCAGAAGAAAAGCAGUUUCUUCCGUUGUGUCUUACUGUGAGAACUGUAGCCUUAAUGUCUGCCCCAAGGCUGGACGUAACUGGACUUCGCUUGCUCAGAGCACUUUCCUUCCCCUCUAGCUCUUCUGCUCUCCGUAAUCCUUUGUGCUGCCUCCCUUUGUGAUAACUAACUGACCGUUUGUCACUCCUCCUACCCUCAGUCCUCGCUUCAUCAUAUUUUACUGCUAUAUGUGCACAGCAAGAACCCAGAUGUAGAGAACUCUUCUCCAACCAUAAUGCACGUAGACGGCUGUCACUCACGCCUUUCUGUUCUUCUGAAAGUCUUCCAGAAUGCUGCCCAGUGCUCUGUAUCAACAAACCCCAAGUCUAUUCAGGCCACUUUAGUUUGCCAGUAAGGUUCUGGCCUUGAAAUUUGUGUUACUGUCAUUUGUGUUCUGUGUUUCCUUACCUAGAAAAACUUACCACUUACUCUUGAGUUGUUUUAAGAUGGGUUGACAUCUCCCUCAAGUGUGCACUUUUUAUGUCGUCUUCUUUCAGAUCAGGGAUGUGAAGGUUUUUUUAUUUUUUAAAUCAGUGUAUAACAUUGUAUUAGGACUGAUGUACAUCUCAUUAUUUGAUCCAUUUGUUUUGUUGUAUUUAUUUUUUUGAUUUGAAAAUGACUUAUCGCAGCAAUUUCUUAAAUGCAAGUAUAAUUUUUAAAUGACAUUCCUUGACAAUCAGUUGGAUCCUAUUAGCUAUCCAGUCGAGUUGCCAUUCUCCCGCAGUACAUUUACCUGCUAAACUCCAGUAGCUCUUCCAUCUAUCUGUUUUGUAGCUUACAUCCAUGCCUGCAGAUGUGCUUGAUAGCGGAUCUUCACUCACUCAUUCUCUAAAAUAAACCAUGUUUUGACAGUGAUUUGUCCACUAUACCCUUUGUUGUUUCCCCCCAUUUUAUUUAAAUUUAUGACAUCAGUUUGUUGGCCUUAUAAGACUCUUUGUACCUUGUGUCCAGUACUUGACAGUCCAGAGCAAACCCCUCCAUCCAUCUGUAUGUCAGUGCUGAAGGUUGUCAUUCUUGAUGAAUGAGCCUAGAUAUCUUUUGUACAGGCAAUAAUAAAUGGUGUUAUACUUACCAUG